CAUAGCUAUGAACUACGCACUGUAGGACAGUCUGUGUGUCUGAAGGUGUGUUGAAGACAAAUCUGUCCAAAUUGUGGGUGAUUUUCUGAUCGGACCUGUGUGGCGGACCUGACCCGACGCUGAUCAAACCACACCGAGCAGUUUGGUCAGGCCAGAGCCUGGCGUUUGGCUGGGUUUGAAUAUGGCUCUGUCAUUCCUUCUGGUCUUGGCUGCAACUGUGAUUCUGAUCAGACCAGAGACACCUGUGACUAAGGCUUUACAUCAGAACUCACUCGAGUGCUGCGGCGAGAAACAGAGAGCCAACAAUUCGUGUUCAAAUGACACCCACUGUGAACCAGGGUGCUUUUUGCGUGUUCUUGAGAACAGCAACACUGUUUGCAUAUUCUGUGACUCAGCAGCUGUGGAUUUGGAGAACAUAACAAUCUGCACCUACAACUAUACAGUGGAGAGGAAAAAUCACACAACCGUAACUACUGUCAUUCCUAAAAUUGGAGGGCCAGGUGUGGCAGCCUCUCUUCUUCUGGGAACACUGCUGAUCAGCCUGUUCCUGAUCCUCUCUGUCGCCUCCUUUUUCUACCUCAAACGCUCCAAUCGGCUCCCAGGCAUCUUUUACCGCCGCAACAAGGCCUUCAUAUUCCAACCAAGUGAGACAGCUGUCAUGAUCCCCUCCUCGACAGUGAGGAAGCCGAGAUAUGUCAGAAGGGAGCGGCCCUCUGCAACAUCAACACUGAACAGCGCCACAGUGCCCACCACAUCCACCACCCAAGAUUAUAAUGUGUAGGAGGAGGAGGAGGAGGAGGAGGAGGAGGA